UCUCUAUGGCGGGCGGCGCUCGGUGCUGCAGCCCCGCCCCGGGGCGGCCCCGCUCCCGGCCCGGCCCGGCCCCGCCGCAGCCCCGCGGGUUUGGGGCCCGGUGAAGCUGCUCGGGAGGAGCCGGGGCGGGUCCGAGCUUCGGGAGAGCUGCGGAGGUCAGCGAGACCCCGAUUUCAGAGCCUUUGGUUCCUCGGGCAGCACCGGCUUCCUGAAGCACGACCAGCAGUAAAUGUGUGAAAGGUUCCGAGCGGCGUUUUUGGCCCGGGCAGGACGGCAGAGCCGUGGUCACAAUCCCGACCCUUUGUCACUUGAUCGGCGUCCCGGGCCCGUCUGAAGCCUCGUUCCGCCUUUUCCCCCGUCUCAGCCUCAUCCUUGUCCCAGUGUGACCAACUGCUGAAGGGCCAGGCGGGAAGUCUCCUGGACAGAUGAGCCACUCCUGAGGCCCCUCUUCCUUCCUCCUCCUUUCACAGCCUGUCUCUCAUCUUUUCUCUCAAGAGACUUAUGCUCGGGAUGUGGUACAGGAGGCUGCCCCGGCUGUUCGUGGUGCCGCAUCGGCCGACUGGGAGCACCAGCCCUCGCCUGCCGUGGCUGCCCCGUGACAGGACCGUCCCCGCUGCUGCCCCUCGCUGGCAUCACACGGUCCCGGAGUCCCUGAAGUGUGCCUGGCAGUUACACGGUGAUCACCUAGAGCUCAGGUAUGCGAACACCCUGAUGCGUUUCGAUUUCGUCUGGCUGCGGGACCACUGCCGCUCGGCUUCCUGCUACAAUGCCAAGACCAACCAGCGCAGCCUGGACACAGCCAGCGUGGACCUGGGGAUCAAACCCAAGGCUGUCCGAGUGGAUGAGUCUACGCUCUUCCUCACAUGGCCGGACGGGCACGUGACACGUUAUGGGCUGGAGUGGCUGGUGAAGAACAGCUACGAGGGGCAGAAGCAGCAGGUCAUGCACCCACGGAUUCUCUGGAACGCAGAAAUCUACCGCCAGGCCCAAGUUCCUUCUGUUGACUGCCAGAGCUUCCUGGAGACAGACGAGGGGCUGAAGGAGUUCCUGCAAAACUUCUUGUUAUACGGGAUUGCUUUUGUAGAGAACGUCACUCCCACCAAAGAGGACACAGAAAUCUUAGCGGAAAGGAUCAGCUUAAUCAGGGAAACCAUUUAUGGCAGAAUGUGGUAUUUCACCUCCGACUUUUCUCGGGGAGACACUGCCUACACCAAGCUGGCUCUGGAUCGUCACACAGACACAACGUACUUCCAGGAGCCCUGUGGCAUCCAAGUGUUUCACUGCCUGAAGCACGAGGGCACGGGCGGGCGGACGCUGCUGGUGGAUGGUUUCUAUGCGGCAGAGCAGGUUCUCCGGCAAGCCCCUGACCAAUUUGAGCUGCUCAGCAAGGUGCCGUUGAAGCAUGAGUACGUUGAGAACGUGGGAGACUGUCACAACCACAUGAUUGGAGUUGGGCCGGUCCUCAAUGUCUAUCCGUGGAACAACGAGCUUUAUCUCAUCAGAUACAAUAACUAUGAUCGUGCUGUCAUCAACACUGUGCCUUACGAUGUUGUGCACCGCUGGUACGCUGCUCACCGCACACUCACCGCAGAGCUCAGGAGACCAGAAAAUGAACUGUGGGUCAAACUGAAGCCGGGCAAGGCGCUGUUCAUAGAUAACUGGCGCGUCCUGCACGGCCGGGAAGCGUUCACAGGGUACCGCCAGCUCUGUGGCUGCUACCUGACAAGAGAUGAUGUGCUGAACACCGCACGCUUACUGGGGCUGCAAGCGUAGCCCGGACCACCCUCCGUGGAGAGGCAGCCAGAGCUCCAGCACCACUGUGCCCAUGUGUCACCACGCCGAAGAUGUUGCACAUACCUCGGACACCUCCACCAUCUCCAAGCAGAUCUUGGUGCCUGCUCAGGAGAGGGAGCGGGUGGAAGCCAAAGGUUUUGGGAGCUUGACGGGACCGUGUUCUGCCUUGGAGCAUUGUCAGCUCCUCCUGGUCUUUGCAGCCAGUCUGUCUUGGCUCUGCCGAGUGGGGGUUAAUCACACCAUGGGAAGUGCUCCUCCAAUCAAGUGCCUUCAGGAUUUGGAAUCUUUGCAUUUUUCCCUGUUUUCAAGCAUUUUUGUCGGCUGGCAGUUCUAGUUUCUUUUUUUAGCAGAGCAGAAUGGAAAUCUUUGGGGUUUUGUCUCACCCCAGGCUGGACUUUUCCUCUCUAGAGAAGAUGAAAGUCUAUGGUCCCUAUUUGAAAAUGCCACUACGCAAACUGAGGGCUGUUGGCAUAUCUCAGCGACUUUUUAAACCUACAGUGUAUCCCUGUAACAGUCCCUGACAGAAUCCAUGCUGCUUGAGGGAUGGCCUGGAAUAAGAGCCUGGUGUAGUUAGGGUAUUUCUGAAAAGAUUAGGUUAGAAGGAAAGGCGAAAGUAGCAAGAUCUGCAUGUUGGGAAGGAGGGAGGACUGUUAGACAAGGGCUGUAUUUCUCACGCUUCCCUGACUUCCAGUAAUGCUUGUGUUCUUUCGGCCUGUUGCACUGUACUUGUAUCAAGGAUGAAGGCUCAGCAGCUACAGUAUUUGGUGACAAAUUUCCUGCUGUGCCUGCUCUUUCCUCUUUUCUGAAGAAGAAAUUUGUCUUAGGGCAGCUUUACGCUGGCUGCUCGAUACAACUGACCUUUCAUCACCCAGUUCUCCUGCACACGAAGGUAAUAAAUACAGAGGUGCCUUGUGGCUCCUGGGAGGAUAAACCAGAGUCUGGCACAUUGCAGGGCAACAGCGUAAGGAACAAAAGCAAAUCCUAUCAUUAUUAAAAGUAUUGGAGUUUUAGAACCAGGAGGGGAUUUUAGGAUUUGUUUAUUAUUUUCUUCCAUAUUUUUGGAGGUGUUCCCUCUGCUCUGACCAGACCUUAAAACAGGGCUGGUUGCCCUCACUCCUGGCUCUCCUGUGUGAGCAAGAUGCUCUUGUGUCCAUGGUACAAGUGCAGCACACGUGUGCUAAACUUGCUGCCCUCAUUUAAUCUAAAUACUGAAUAUAUCAUCCUGCUGUUAAAAGAUGCUCUUGAAAGCUUCUCUUCAUGUGGAAGGAGCUCUCCGAUGCCUUUCGCAUUGUUUCCAGCCUAUGGGGAGCUGCAGUCAUGGGGAGUUGAAAGGGAUUUGGGAGUGAAGGCUUGGCAGGAAGAUGCUGAUCGAAGGGUAUGUGAGGAAGUGAAACAUGAGCAAUGGUGGCAGGUGACACAAGUUCCAAUUGAGCUGGCUUCUGUCAGGUAUGUCUCCCAGGGCCUGUGUACAGCAGCCUCAGACACAGGCAGGAACUUGAAUUUUCCUCUUGGCUGAGCCAGUGGGUUCCUUGAGCAGCCUGCAUUGUACGCUCUGUCUUUGUCAGACCUUUUGUUUAUAGGUUCUACUUAGGUUACACUAGCACAACUUAGAUGGGAAGUUUUACAAAUCCUCGUUAAUUGCGUUGAAAUGACAAACCGCAGCGGGCACACGUGCUGUCCUGCACACAGCCCAGCCCAGGUGCUCUGGGCUUGGUUUUUCAUCCUGUGCUUCUGGGUGAAGCCGUGGCUUGGAGCAUGGGUGCCAUAAAACAAUCUGUGUGUGUGUGUUGACAAAAGACCCUGAUCGGUAUUUGAAAGAAACACUUGAGCAGUGGAGCCUUCUUUCCAAUUAUUUGAGGAUAUUGAGGGUUUCUUAGCUCUUUUUUGCCCCCGGGAUACGAGGGAAAGUGCUUGGGUAAUCUGGAAAUGUACCUUUAGUCAACGAGAUCAGCUAUCAAACUUCUGUCUUUAUCAGCUGCAAGAAGCUGGCGCAAGGGAGAAACGACCAAAGCAUAUCGACGACAGGUUGUCGCGACACAGGUGCCUUUCCCACAAGCAAUGUGGUGACUGUAGCUCUGCCUCCCGCUGCGGAGCGUCCUCAGACACCAGCCUCCUCUUCUGAGCCAACUCCAAGCCAAUGUGCUCCUCAAGCUGAUUGUGUCAUCUGUUCACGGUGAAUGUAGAAGCAAAACAUUUCCUCGUAGGUAUUAUUCAAAUCAGUUUAGCCACCCAAACAAUAAAAUGAGGAGUAGAUGGAGCUUUGUUUAAAUCUUGUGUUUCUCCCCACUUCUCAAGAGGGCUAAAUUCUUCCUAAGCAGCUUCUGAGUGUCAAAACUUCACAUCAAAACAGGACUUCUUGGCGUUGCUGCCUGUCUGCUAUGGGCGUUUGUUGUGCCGUGUUAGAGACCAGGCUCUGUUUGCUUUCAUGAUACCAAAUCAGUUUUUGUAAUUGAACUUUUUUGACUCUUUCAGCCAAUAAAUGAUGAACUGCUUCCUUCUCCUUCUCAUUACACUGGUGAUCCCAUGUAUGUGUUUCAGAAAAUGUCUUAAACUUAGAAAUCAAGUCUUCAAAUAAAUGAUUUAUAGAGUGGUCACCUUAAAGCAAUAUACAUAUUCCAAGGAGUCAUGAACUUGAAAAUAAGUCUAUAUCACCAAUUAAAGGUGGAAUAAACCUGAGGAGCAGUUAA